UUUUGCUAUGGUGGAUUGUUGAUGACCUGAGACAUAAAUUUUAUAGAAAUUUCAGUCAAAUCUUGGUCAUAAAGUUUGCAAAUUUUCCUUUUGGAUCUCUUUUAAACUAUUUCGCUUACAAAAAGUGUAUGAAAUGACGUACUUUUUGCGAAAAUAAACGCUCAUUCUUACGUAACUGGAAUGAUCUAAAAUGCUACUUGGCUCAGAUCUAUCGAACACCCUUUUAGUAUGCUAUCUCAAGUAUUUUAUCGACAUGGGCGACUCUGUGCAUCCCAUCCAUGGGAGGUCAUCAUCGCUUUCUUGACCUUAAUUUCCUGGAAAUUGUCGAUGGGCUCAUCCCAAAUAGGCAAUUCCAAAAUGUAUGAAAAUUCAGAGGAAAAUAAGGGAGUAGAGAUGGUUCUUCUUUCAAUAGCCAGAUGUGUAGCAAUAUUGUUUUGCAUACAGCAGUUCAUGAAACUAAAUAAAUUAGGAUCAACAUAUUUAGUUGGAAUUGGAGUGCUUUUCACAGUCUUUUGUUUAGUGCCAUGUUUUGUAUUCAGUACUACUAUAUCGAACCUCUGGGAAGGAGAUUUUACUGAGCUUAAAAAGGCAUUGCCCUUUUUCUUCUUACUAAUGGACUUAACCAAAGCUGGACUACUUGCACAAUUUGCUCUGAGCUCUUCUACACAGGAAGAAGUUCGAGAAAAUAUUGCUCAAGGCAUGUCAAUUUUAGGUCCAACAAUUACUUUGGAUACCAUUGUAGAAACUCUAGUCAUUGGUGUUGGAACUUUAUCAGGGGUAAAGAGGUUGGAAGAGUUAUGUCGAUAUGCUUGCAUGUCUGCUGUUGUAAAUUAUUUCGUCUUCAUGAUAUUUUUUCCUGCAUGUUUAUCUCUAAUUCUUGAGUUAUCAAGAGAUAGGGAUGAAGGAAGACCUGUAUGGCAUUUAAGCACACUAACAAGAAUAUUGCAGCAAGAAGAGGAGCAAAAGCCUAACCCAGUCUUACAAAGGGUCAAAGUUAUAAUGUCUGCAGGUCUUGUUUUAGUUCAUGCUCACAGUCGGUGGCCUUUACUUGUGGCGAGUAAAGCUCUUCAACAAGCCAGCAAAGUAAAUCCUGCUGAUUCUAUUGGUCAACAUUCAAACUGGGAUUUAUAUAUGCAAAAGUGGUUUGGUAGUGCAGAGCAAAUGGUAAUGAUAGCAUUUGCAUGCACAUUUGCUGUUAUGUAUCACUAUUUAGAAUCCAGAGAAGAUCUCAGUGAACAUUUGGCUUCUGCUGCAAUUUCAUCCCCAUCAAAAUGCCCAUCAGGAUAUCGAAGCAGUUUGUCUCCUCAAACAGUACAAUCAGCUUAUGAAAGCCCAUGUUGGAAACAAGAUUCCAUUUCAGCAAGAAAAAUGAUAUCCUGCAGCCAAGAUACUCAUUCUGUGUCUUUUACAAUGGGAGGAGAAGAAAUAGAUAGUAUAAAACGUUCUUUAACCAGCUGUUUUGAUAAAAUCAUACAGACAGAUAGUGAAAAACCUUAUGAUGAAAUUUCAGAAGCAGUGGCUGUGGCAGAACCUCGUAGUAUCGAGGAAUGCAAAGAAAUCCUUAAGUCAGAAGUAGGUGGAGCGGGCUUAACUGAUAAUGAAGUUUUACUCCUAGCUGAAAAGAAAAUUAUACAAUCCCAUAAACUUGAGACAAUUGUUCAGAAUCCAAAAAGAGGAGUUGUUUUGCGGAGAAAAUUGCUUUCAAAGCUUGCUAAACGUGGCCAAAUUUUAGGAUCAUUGCCUUAUUGCAAUUAUGAUUACAAAUUGGUGAUGGGAUCUUGUUGUGAAAAUGUUAUAGGCUAUGUUCCUAUUCCUGUUGGAGUUGCAGGACCUCUUUUCUUAGAUGGAGAAAUGCUGUACGUUCCAAUGGCAACUACUGAAGGUUGUCUUGUAGCAAGUACUAAUAGAGGUUGUCGAGCCCUGGCUCUAUCAGGUGGAGUUAGAAGUAGUUUAUUGGGUGAUGGCAUGACACGAGGUCCAGUUGUAAGAAUGCCAUCUGAAGUAGAAGCUGGAGAAGUAAAAAGAUGGGUUGAAAAGAGAGAAAAUUUUGAAAUUUUAAAAGCUGCAUUUGAUUCGACAAGCAGGUUUGCACGAUUACAAAGUGUUGAAGUACAAACUGCUGGACCAUUAGCUUUUCUCAGGUUUAGAGCAGUUACUGGUGAUGCCAUGGGUAUGAAUAUGUUGUCCAAAGGAUCUGAUGUUGCACUCAAUAAAUUACGUGAAAUAUUUCCAAGUGUAGAAAUCCUGAGUCUCAGUGGCAACUAUUGUACAGAUAAAAAGCCAGCUGCUCUUAAUUGGAUUCAAGGACGUGGCAAAGAAGUGGUUUGUGGAGCAAAAAUUCCGGCUAAAGUAGUAAAAGAGGUUUUAAAAACAGAUGUACAAACUUUAGUCAAGUUGAACAUAGCAAAAAAUUACAUUGGAUCUGCUAUGGCAGGGAGCAUUGGUGGAUUCAAUGCCCAAGCUGCAAAUAUUGUCACUGCCAUUUAUCUUGCAACUGGUCAAGAUCCUGCCCAAAAUGUUACUAGUUCCAACUGUUUGACUCAACUAGAAGUCACUGGAGAAGAUGACAAAGACCUAUAUAUCACCUGUACAAUGCCUUCUAUAGAAGUAGGAACUGUAGGAGGAGGCACAUUUCUUCCAGCACAGUCUUCUUGUUUAGAGCUUCUUGGAGUUAAGGGACCUUGUGAUUCAUGUCCUGGCAGAAAUGCUUCAAAAUUAGCAAAAAUUGUUUGUGCAACAGUUCUUGCGGGUGAGCUUUCCCUUCUUUCUGCAUUAGCAGAAGGACAUCUUGUACGUUCCCAUAUGACACACAACAGGUCAACUGUAAAUGUUCAGUCUCAGUUGACGUCACUACCAUCAGUAGAUAAUGCUUUAGUUAAUGUGAAUCCAACGUCAUGAGCUGUUGUCCGAUAUUGAAAUCUUCGAAGGCAUAUGAAGCAAAGAAAAAACAUCUCUUCAACUCAUUGCAUUUUCAAAAGUGAUCAAAGAAUUUUUAGCCAUGGGCAUUACAGAGUUAAGGAAAGAAAAAUCAUUCAGCACUUCCAACUCAAGCAAAUAUCUUUAGCAUGUAUCAAGUUUUCACACAUUUGAUCUUGAAAAUAGAUGAAUGCAUUAAAUCCUCCAUUAUUUCUACUUAAAAGAUUUGUAUGAGUUUCACUCCAGCCUUCACAAGCCUUUUGAAAAAUUUUGCUACAUAUGAAAACAUGUAAAUAAUAGGUUAAUAAAUUUAGAAUUGUAUAUUACCUUUUAAA